UGAAGAACAAAAUGGCGAGCAAACCGAAACAAAAGAAACAACCGGAAAAGGGGGAGGAGACUCGGUACUAUCAACGAAUAAUUGUUAUGCUCAUGAACCUUGGAACAGAUACUUUAUUAAAAUUGUUCAAGAGUUUGAUUCCACAGGGGGAUGUCAGUCUCUUUCUUGACUCAAUGUUUAAUGAAGUUGAAAAAUUAAAGACGUCUAAAACAAUAUCUGCUGCUGAAUAUAACCGUAUUUCGAAACGUCCGCUUGUCGGAACAAAGCUUGACAUCGCAAUAUUGAUAAAACUUAUGUUAGAAUUAUUGCCAAAGAAGUUACAGCAGGUAUCAAGUAAACUUCUGCCGUUCACAGCUGAUCUCCAACGGUUGAGAAGAAUCCGAAAUGAGCUGAUAGGUCAUAGACCGGCAGCAACAAUUACAAAGAAGGAGUUCGAUUAUUAUUGGGAAAUGAUUAGCAUUAUUCUGAAGAGGAUUUUACCAAAGGACCAGUCAAUGGAGGAACUCGAUAAAAGAAUGGAAAAUUGCAAAACUGGUACCGUAUCCGAUGCAGAUGUGCAGAAAAUGCUAGAGAAGUUUGCUAAACUGAGUAGUUUAAUAACGCAGGCUGAGGCGUUAGGAGAAAAGAAGAAAGGUAAAAUAUGAAACUCUUUAGACAUUUAAAGCUUGACAUAAAUAUUUUAUUAUUUAGCUGACCUGAGCAAAAAUUGCUCGAAGGAUUUGGUAGUUGGCAGGUGAUAUAAUGGUUUGAUUUUCUAUGUAAACAAAGUAAUUAACAUUUGUGAU